AUGUCGUCAACAGACGUUCUUAUCAUCGGCGCCGGCCCGACAGGUCUGACCCUGGCCCUCGAGCUUUCCGUCCAAAACGUCCCGUUCCGAAUCAUCGACAAGCUCGACGCCCCAUCGGACAAGUCCCGUGCUCUGGCCGUGCAAUGCCGCACGCAAGAGCUUCUCAACCGUCACCCUACCGUCGCCAAGGAGAUGCUCGAGAACGGCGUCCAGGGCCCGGGUGUCAACAUCUACUGCAACAAGAAGUUUCUCAUCACGGGGACCUUCGACGACCUCGGCUUCAACGACACGCAGUUCCCUCUGCCGAUAUGGAUCCCGCAAGGCGACACCGAGGCGGCUCUCACACGGCAACUCGAGGCCUACGGUAGCAAGAUUGAGCGGGGCGUAACGGCGGAGAACGUUAACCAAGACGCCGGCUCUACCACUGUCACUCUUGUCAAGGAUGGCGUGGAGGAGCACCUUACGGCAAAGUACAUUGUUGGCUGUGAUGGCGCCCACAGCAUCGUACGCAAGAGCACCAGCCUGACCUUUGACGGCGCCCAGUACCCUCAAGAAUUCAUUCUGGCUGACGUCAAGAUCGCCGGCCCCUACGACGACGAGAGGGUAACCAUGUUUCUCGGCAGCCGCAUCAUGGUCAUCUUCCCUCUCAAGGACGGCGUCGUCCGCAUCGUGGGAGAACGAUCCGCGUACAGCAAACACUCCGGCGACCCGGAUGUGCAAGAAAUCCAGGAGUUCAUGGAAGAGAUGACGGGCCGAAAGUACGACGUCACCGACCCCAUCUGGCUCACCCACUUCCGCUGGAACUGCCGCGGCGUGAACAACUACCGCGACGGAAGGCUCUUCGUGGCCGGCGACGCCGCACAUAUUCACUCCCCGGCCGGAGGCCAGGGCAUGAACACGGGCAUCCAGGACGCCAUCAACCUGGGCUGGAAGAUGGCCGCCGUGCUGCGCGGGGAGAAGGACGACUCCUUCCUGGACACGUAUCAAGAGGAGAGACACCCGGUCGGCGAGCACAUUCUCCACGGAACCGACCGGAUGUUCAACGUCGUCGCAUCGCAGAACUUCAUCUUCACCUACAUCCGCAACGCACUGAUGCCGUGGAUCGUGCCCUACGUCUGGGGCGACAAGGCGCGACGUCUGCGCGUAUUCACCUUCAUCUCGCAGAUGGCCAUCAAGUACCGCCGCAGCUCGAUCGUGCGCACCGCUACCGGCUUCGAGGGUCCCGUCAAGGGCGGUUGGCGAGCCCCGGAUGGCGAGCUGCAGGACGAGAGGGGCGAGAAAGGAAAGUGGCUGCUAGACUUGACCAGCAACAAGGAGCACACCAUGGUGUUGUUCUCCGGCAUGAUGGGCGACGAAGAGGAAUUGAAGCAGGCCGAGGAGAAGAUUCUGGCGGACAAGCGAUACAGGGAGCGCGGGGUUGUCAAGAUUUUCGGCGGGCAGACGAUCGGCAGCGGGGGAUUCAGGGACAAGGACGGCACGCUCCACAGGCGGUACGGCUUCGAAAAGGGGGCGGGCCUGGUGGUCGUCAGACCGGACGGGUACGUGAGCUUUAUCGGGCCGGCGGAGUCUGUGGAGGAGUUUCUCUCAACCUGA